AAACAUCUUGACCAGAUGAUCUGUUUGGCAGUACACUUCGUUCAUUCCAACGCCAGUCACCUAAACAGUAACAAGUAGAAGAGAACACUUCUCUGACCUAACAGUUUUUUCAGCCUCAACAGUCCAAUAUGAGUGAAGAGGAAGCACCUGGUGCAGGAGGCGAAGAGUCGCCAGGAGCAGGACAGACAGAGGCUGUGGCUGCACCGCCACCACCAGAUACCACCACCGCUGCACCACCCGAUACCACCACUUCCGGGGCUCGAAUGAUGAUGCACCACCCGUGGUUGGCGGCCGCCGCAGUGGCCGUCUAUGCCACAAAGGUCAUGUGGGUCAAGUUCCGGGAGCUCGGCCUGGCCAAGCAGAAAAAGCGGCUCAAAAAACGAGAAGAAAAGUCGAAGCCCUUGCAUUAUAACGAGGAAGAGAAUGGUUCUGAAUCUGAAUCGGAGGCAGAGGAUGAGAUCGGUCCUGAAGUUCAAAGCACGAAGGAAGGGGAUCUUAAUCUUCCGAUCCUGGACAAUCCAGAUGGAAACUAUCGAUCAAUCGAAGUUCCACCUGCUGAAUUUUGAUAGUUGAUUCGGGGAUGAAGGACUCUUAAACGGAGACUACACCAUUGUACAAAACAAAGACACUAGUUGUUGUAAUGCUUGCGAUUUAGGUAGGGAAUAAUCAGCGAGGAACCUUAACAUAUGGACACAAAUUGUUAGUUUAAUAUUAUCAAACAAAAUUCUUGUAAAACAUUUCGAUAUUUCAAUUAGUGUAAUUGGUUUUCUGUUAAUGCUGCGAUGUAUAAUAUAAUAUAUUAUAAGCCAUAUGGAAA